AUGAGAGUAACUCAUGUAGAUAAGGUGGAGUUAGCUUCUUUUCAACUCAAAGGGAUUGCACAAAUAUGGUAUGAUCAAUGGAAAGAGACUAGACCGGCAGGAUUGGGCCCUAUAGAGUGGGAAGGGUUCAAGAGUGCUUUUCUAGAUAGUUUCUUCCCUUUAGAGAUGAGAGAAGCUUUGUUGCUUGAGUUCAUAAAACUUAGACAAAAUGAUUUGAGUGUUAAAGAAUAUGCAUGGAUGUUCACUCAAUUGUCUAAGUAUGUUCCAAUUCUAGUGUCCAAUCCCAAAUUGGGAAUGAGUAAGUUUGUGUCGGGAUUGUCCGAGUUAGUGGUAAAAGAAUGUCGUAUGGCCAUGUUUGAGCAUAAUAUGUAUAUCUCUUGUCUUGUAGUUUAUGCCUUUGAAAUUGAUCAAAAGAAACUUAAAGAAAGGUUGAGGGAGAAAAAAAGGGUUAGAAUAGAUGAUGAUAGUUCUUCUCUUGGAAGGUUCUCCGGACAAGGUCCUUCUAAGUUUUUCCCAAGGUUUAGUGAAGAGAGGGUGUCUAACCCUAAGCCUCAAAGAGGGAGAAAUAGUGAAUUUGUGUUACUUAAGCCUACUUGCAAUAUAUGUGGAAGGAAACAUUAUGGUAGGUGUUUAGCCGGUAUGGAAGGUUGUUAUGGUUGUGGUGGAAGUGACCAUAAAAUGAGAGAUUGCUCGAUACUUACAGCUAGGGGAAAAGAGAGGAAGAAAAUUAGGUUCAAUGCUCUCCAAGCUAGAGGUGAGCAAGAGUGUCCUCCAAAUGUUGCUCCCGAUAUGUGUUUCAUGCUUAUUUAG